UGAUGAGGUGGCCGCUUCUGCCCUGGAUUCUAGCAACAAACAGCAUUUUGCAGGCCUUUCCCCAGAACUCCACCACGAUGCCGCCCGCCACUUCCUUCGUGACCGAGGCUUACACGCGGACUCAGUACUGUAAGUGGCCCUGCGAGUGCCCCAAGGUGCCACCUGCGUGCCCGGUGGGAGUCAGCCUGCUCACGGACGGCUGUGACUGCUGCAAAAUGUGCGCGAAGCAGCUCGGCGAGAACUGCACCGAAGCCGACACCUGCGACUUCCACAGGGGCCUGUACUGUGACUACAGCAGAGACAGACCUAGGUACGAAAUAGGAGUGUGUGCACAGCUCGUCGGGGUGGGCUGCCUCCUUGAUGGCGUCAGGUACAAGAACGGGGAGACCUUCCAGCCCAACUGCAAAUACAACUGCAGUUGCGUCAACGGGGCCGUGGGCUGCAUCCCCCUCUGCCGAGACUCCAAGCCGCCUCUGAUGUGGUGCCCCAAUCCCAAACAGAUUAAGAUGACGGGCCAGUGCUGCGAACAGUGGGUCUGCGACUAUUCCAAGAAGAUCAGGAAGACGUCCCCGCGGCAUGUUGCCUCGCCAGUUUAUGAAGGAGAGAUUGAAUCAUGGCAGAAGAACUGUAUCCCCCACACGUCCCCCUGGAGCCUCUGCUCGAAGACCUGUGGGGUGGGCAUCUCCACCCGGAUCUCCAACGAGAAUGACCAGUGCCGCCUCGUGAAGGAGAGCCGCCUCUGUAACAUGCGCCCGUGUGAGGAGGAUAUCACCAAACACAUUAAGCCUGGUAAAAAAUGCCUAGCGGUGUACCGGAGAGACCAGCUGACGAACUAUACCCUCUCCGGCUGCGUGAGCAAGAUGGCCUACCGGCCAAAGUACUGCGGUGUCUGCCUGGACAAUCGGUGCUGCACCCCCUACAAGUCAAAGACCAUCGAGGUCAGCUUCGAGUGCCCAGAUGGGACGGGGUUUUCCAGGAAGAUCCUGUGGAUCAACGCCUGCUUCUGCAACCUGAGCUGCAAAAACCCCAACGACAUCUUUGCCGACUUGGCUCACUUCCACGAUUAUUCGGAAAUCGCCAACUGA